GCUCAUCAGCGCCUAUUAUAUUUUCUAAUUUUUUUGUUAGGUACUAAAAAGACUAACAGUAGUCAUGUUGGGCAAUAACCUUUCCACCCUCCUCGCUCUCCUCAGCGCCACUCAAGUCACUGCGGUCGCCCCAAAGUACCCAAGCAACCCGCCACCACCACCACCACCACCAUCACCACCACCAUCACCACCAUCACCACCAUCACCACCAUCACCACCAUCACCACCAUCACCACCCGCCAACCCCAUAUGCAAUGUAACCCAAUACACGCAAAUCCCCGCCGCAGUAGCCGCCUGCACGUCCAUCACCCUCAACAACAUCCGCGUCCCAGGCAACGGCACCAUCAACCUCUCCAAGCUGCAACGCGGCAGCAAAGUCACCUUUGCCGGAACCACGUUCUGGGAGUACGCGGCAGCCAACUACCCUUUCAUCAUCGUCAGCGGCACCGACAUUGAAAUCACGGCGGAGCCCUCUGCGGUGCUCGACGGCAACGGCCCCGCCUGGUGGGACGGCAUCGGCAGCAACACAGGCGGGCGCAUCAAGCCCAACCACUUCAUCGAAGUCACAAACGUGACGGGCUGCUCUACCAUCCACGACAUGUACAUCAAGAACUACCCCGUGCACUGCUUUUCCAUUACGAAUUCAAACGACUUGGAUGUGUUCAGGAUUCGCCUGGAUAAUGCAGACGGGUAUGCGCCGAAUAAUAUAUCAAACGGGUUGCCGGCUGCGCAUAAUAGCGACGGGUUUGACGUGUCGAGUAGUAAAGGGGUGCGGAUUCGGGAUAGUGUGGUGGCGAAUCAGGAUGAUUGUGUUGCGGUAACGAGUGGAGAUGGGAUUAUCGUGGAUAACAUGUGGUGCAAUGGGAGUCAUGGACUUUCGAUUGGGUCGGUAGGCGGCAAGUCGAACAACAUUGUCAACAACGUCUCGUUUACAAACUCGUUUGUUCUCAACGCAGAGAACGGAGCAAGGAUCAAGUCAAAUGCAAACACGACGGGUUCCAUUUCGAAUAUUCUGUUCCAGAAUAUCACGCUGGCGAAUAUCACUAUUUAUGGCAUUGAUAUCCAGCAGGACUAUCUGAACGGUGGCCCAACGGGGAACCCGACGAAUGGCGUCAAGAUCCAGAAUAUCGUCAUGCAGAAUAUCUCGGGUACGGCGACGGCCAAGGCACGCAACUACUAUAUCCUCUGCGGAGAGGGAAGUUGCAGUAACUUUACGUUUAACAAUGUGCAUAUUUCUGGGGGUGGAGUGAACAGUUCAUGCAAUUUCAGGACAAAGGGGGAUUUUGACUGUGAUGGCAAGUUUGUUAAUUAG